CAAAGUCCAACUGGGACUACAUUCAUAGAGAAUGAAUAGAGAUCCUUACCAGGAAAAGGGGGUUAGAAUAUUAGAUCCGGUAGAGUAACAAGUAUGAUUUACACCGGUCAUACUUCAUGCUGUUGGGCUGAGAGGAGACGAAACAGACAGGAGGGUUUUACGUGGGCUAAUGACAUAUUACCUGAAUGUACGUAUGUUGUACAGGUGUCACGAUUCUUGUGAGUUUAAACAUACACUGACACCCUAAUGUCUGCAUCGCACUGGACGGGUUUACCACUAUAGAUUUCCUCAUCACCGAUGGCUCAAAGACCAAGCCUAUACAGGUCAGUUCGGACGUAUAUCGUGUCAUAUACCCACCUGCCGUGAAAACACUGGCUGCUUUCCAUGGACAACGGAUAUGAAAAUGGAUGAUCCGGUUCUGAUGCUGCUGAACAACGGUUCUAGUUACGAAUCAUAGCAAUAUUUCAAAUAUUCCUCAUCUGCCAACCUUUAACUCUUACAUCAAAUGUUUGAAGCCCAUUUCUGGUGUCCCAAAUAGUGAUAUAGUUGGAAUAUUGCCUGAAACUACGCUCAGAACAACCAAAGGCCUAAACAGGAAUGAUUAUCACGAUGGACCAGACAACGUCUUCCUCGAACGUCACUGAUCCUCCUUUGAAUGUGACCAGAACCCUAGAGGACGUCAAUGACGCUAUGGCCAUAACCCUGCUUCCAGUCAUGCUGUACAUAGGAGUGUUGAUGAUCGUUGGUUUCAUCGGCAACGCCAUGGUUGUCUACGUCUUCAUCUUCAAAUUCAGACGAGGAACGCAGAACUUCCUCAUAACAUGUCUGGCCAUAUUUGAUCUGAUCAGCUGCAUGAUUGCAAUGCCCACGGAGAUUGUGGACGUCCGUUACUUCUAUAUGUUUAAUUCAGUAUUUGCUUGUAAAUUAUUAACCUUUGUGACGACCUUCUGUGCGAUGUGUUCAGUAUUUACAUUACUUGGUAUCGCAAUUGACCGAUACAUCAAAGUAUGCCGCCCUUUAACUAACCAGGUGAAGGUGAAGCAUGUAAAGAUCUGGAUUGUUGUUGUUGUGUUCGUUGCACUUGGAUUUUCAUGGCCCUCCCUGCUCAUCUAUGGGAUACGAUCUGCGGAUACAGAUGUUAAAAACAUUACCGGCAAGGACUGUUCAACAGCAGAUCAAAUGAUUGGUACAAAGUACCCUCUAAUCUAUAACAUUGUGUUGGUGGCUGGUCUCCUGGUCACAACGACUGUGCUCUUGGUGUUAUAUGUGUUCAUCUUAAAGGCAAUAAGGAUUCACAGAAUCCAUAUGAAAGCACGGGCUUCUUUUGCAUCAGAUACGGUUGUUUCAACAAUAGAAAUGUCAAACAAAAAUAUUUCCGAACCACAAUAUAAAACUGCCAAUAUGAGCAGUUUCAAGAAGAGCGAGCGACGGAAUAAAACCACUGUGAUUGCAUUCCUGGUGACGGUUGUAUUUGUGUUAAGCUUCCUUCCUCAUCUUGCUCUCAUGUGCACCAGAGCCAUCAUAAAAGACUUCGACCAUGACUUAAGGGGAUCUUCCCUUGUUGCAUUCAAUAUAUUCAUCCGUUCCUAUUUUGUCAACUCUGUGGCUAAUCCAAUUAUAUACGGUGUCCUCAACUACAAGUUCAGGGAAGAAUGUGUGUGGCUUUUUAAUACUGUUCUAUGCUGUAGACGUCGUCGUGUUCAAAUUACCCAAGAAGCUUCGUUUACAUCAUUUUCUUGAUGAAUGUGUUCAAUAUGGAUUCUACGCGGAGCAUCACAAUGUCCGACGUCAAGACCUACAUUUGACAUGUUUUGUUUUGAGUAACAAAGACGAUAUCAAAUGUCCUAUCGCAUUUGCAUCUUCCUUCGUAAUUUAAGAUCAUUCUAUCAUUGAACAGACAGCUCAAAUGUGAAAUGAUCAUAUUUUUAAGGUCUGCGGUUGUAACAAAUAAUCAUAAGGAAUAAACAUACCGGUGGUCUUAUACAUGUAUUCAGAUUAUUUAACUGGUAAUUGUAUUUGUGUUCUAAAAUAUAUGAUUAUGCUAAUCUUGACUAGCGUUGUCAAAUAUGUCCCCAAUUCUUGACAGGUUGAGAACAAAAUGAGUGCUUAGAUAGACAGAUAAUAGAGUCAGGCUUUGAAUGUACGCUGUGCAAAGCUGAAUUUGAAAUAAACAGACCGUGUCCAUUGUA